GACGAUCAGCGAACCAUCGCGUCGCGUCGGGAUUCCUGAGGAUUACCCGGCGUGCCCCGCGGGAAAGAUGGCGCUGAACGGGAGAAGGUGGAGAUAAACUUUAUCUGAAAUCUGGAAGAGCUGUUAUCCACACCUGCGAUCCCCGGUAACACUUCAACACCUCAACGAGAGAUACCGGCGAGAGGACGCGGGAUCGGUGAUCGCUCGUGAGGAGCGGAGAUAUUUCAGCGGCCGUUAGCAAGUGUGUGUGUGUGUGUGUGUGUGUGUGUUAGCCAGCGAGGAGAAGAAGAAGGAAAAGCGGGCAAAGUUUAUUCAGUUUGAGCAAGAAGUCUAGACUGAUCUACACCAAACUCUGAGGUUAACUGCGGAAUAUCACCAGUGGCAGGUCAUUGAUAGCCCUGAGGUUCACAUGCUGAACGGGGGAGGAGGAGCGGGAGGAAGAGGAGCGAGACGAGAGCUAGAUUGAGUUUCCUUGGCGACCGGUGGACCCACUUGAGGCGAUGACUCUGGAGAAUGCAACAUGCACACUUGAGAGACGCUCUGGGCCUGAGAACCUGUGAAUGAGGACACCACUGAAUGAAACCAACUCCAGUUUCGGGACUAACGGACAGUGUAUGGAAACACACUGAUCUACCAGAAUGACGAGUGCUGCUCCCGCCCGGAAACCGUACCGAAAGGCACCUCCGCAGCACCGCGAGACUCGCCACACUGUUCCAGUAUUUCGAGAGGAUGUUAGUGGGAGUGCCUUGCCAUCCGGAAACCCUGCGUCGUCAGCCCAGCCUGACCCCUCCCAGGAGUCCUUAUCAGAUGCCGACAGGAUCAAGCUCCUGCAGCAGCAGAAUGAAGACAUCCGGCGCCGGCUGUCCCAGACCACUCAUAAGAUGGAGGCCAUGGAGACGGAGUUCGAAACCAGUCGACAUUACAUGCAGGCCGAGCUGGGUCGAACCAGGGACGACCUGGAGAAAAUGAGAGACAAGUUCAGAAGACUGCAGAACAGCUACACGGCGUCUCAGAGAGCCAACCAAGACCUGGAGGAGAAACUUCACGCCCUGGCUGCCAUCAGUCAAACUUGGGUCUAUGCACUCCGUAAAGUGGAAAGAGACAAGAAAACCAUGGAUCAAGAGAUAGUGGAGCUCACAAAUAAACUCGUGGACGCCAAAAAUACUAUCGACAAGCUGGAGGAACUGAACGAACGCUAUCGGCAGGAUUGUAAUUUGGCUGUGCAGCUGUUGAAGUGCAAUAAAUCGCAUUUCAGGAACCACAAGUUUGCUGAUUUGCCAUAUGAGCUACAGGACAUGGUGAACAAGCACAUGAAGAGCAGCUUGCCUAACAAGACUCCGGGAGCUCAAGCCCAGGAUCCCGACACUCUGAGCCUGACUCCCGCAGACGUAGUGCCCACUUCAGUGAUCGCUCGAGUUCUUGAGAAGCCCGAGCCCCUGGUGCUCAACUCAGCCCAGUCAAGCAGCAGUGCAGGUCGGCCAGUGGCCGAGGAUGUAUUCGUGCACGUGGACAUGACAGGACCACAAGAUAAUGGUGGAGGGCAUGAGAAUGGUGGUUCUGUUCAUGCAAGGCCUCCUGCGGGUGCUGGUUCUGAUCAACAGCAUGUAAACGGCAUGUGUCGAAGCCAGGGUUGCCUAGAUGGUCCGACAGGAGAAGAUGGGGCCGCCCCCUCUUUUGAGAAGUUGAAUCCAUACCCAGCUCCUCCACCACCAAACCCGCUCUACCCUGGUCGCAAAGUUAUUGAGUUCACUUCAGAUGACAAAGUCAAGAUCCCCAAGAACAGCCCACUUCCCAACUGCACCUAUGCUACACGUCAGGCCAUUUCUCUGAGUCUUGUACAGAACGAAGAGGAGGCAGCUGAGCGCCAGCGCACCGUUCCCAAUAGCCCUGCUGUAUCUGAUGGGGGUUGGCGGUCGGGGACCUCCUCAUCUUCCGGCGGAGGACUUGCUUCUCACCAGCGCACACCUCCGCAGAUGGAUGCUACGGACACCCUCUCCAGUCAUUCGAGUCCCUUUAGCAGCCCCCCUCAGCCGCCUAGUGCUUUUGCCAGCUCUGGUAGUUCUGAGGAGGAUCUAUUGGCCAACUGGCAGCGCAUGUUUGUAGAAAAAAUGGCACCGUCUACAGACGGCUCCCUUGGCAACCGUACAUCCUUCAGCAGUGAGACGGUGAAAGAUCUCCAAAGAAGUCACAAUGGGAAAUCAGGAGACGGUGCUCUGAGAGGUGCUUACUCUGACGGCGAAGAGGGUUCCUCGGCCCAGAGCUGGACAGCAAGUAGAGAGUCCAGUUUGGAUACUGACACCAGCAGCAUGGCGGACCUCCGGGCAAAGAAGACACAAUAUGGAGGUGACUUUUCCCAGGAAGAGGGCGAACACCUACUGAUGGCCCUUGAUCCACUUGACAAUGAUGGUGCUAGUGGAGACACCAUGGUCACCAUUGAGAGCAGUCCAGUGUCUGCUGAGCAUCAAGAGUUUGCUGAAGAUGCGGGAUCAGCAGGGAGUUCAGCUGAGGAACGAGAUAUCCUUCCCCAGGACUUACCUGUCAUUGGCUCAAAGGUCGUAGCUGCCCUUGAGGAUUUUACAGACAAGCCGCCUCGGACUGGCUCCACACGACCUCUGAAGAGUCCCAAGAGGAUGGGGGUUCAUCACUUGCACCGUAAAGACAGCCUUACCAGAGCGCAAGAGCAUGGAAACUUGCUGGACUGAGACUUCCAGGCUUAUUUUUCUCUUUUUAUUUUGCUUUCUUUCUUUUUUACCUUGAGUGCUCUUUGUCUUACUAGCAAUCACUAGUCAUAGCAGCACACGACGAGUGGAAGGGAUUGAAUCAGCCUUGCUGUAGUUAUCCCAGAUCAUGCUGCUGAGGCAUCAUUGUAACUCUUCUGUCCUCUCUUUGAGGCAUGGAUCUCUCUUAUCUGUUGAACCUAUGGGAUUGAUGGAUCACUGGUAAAGUACCGACUGCAACUUCAAUUACUCUGGCUAGUGAGUGGACAGUGCUUCAGGGAUCGUACAAGAAUGUCAUAGUUUGAUUUAAGGUGAUUUUCACCAGUCCAAGACUUGCUUCUGCUUGAUGCGACAUGAUUGAAUGGGCAACAGCAGGACAUAGCCAUACAAUCACACUUUUGUAAGAGAAAGAGUCCUUCAGAGGCGACAAGAUUGAGCAGCAUUAGGAUUGAACCCUGUGGCACUGUGCAGACAUGGAUGUUUUGACAUUUACUUUUGCCCUCGGGUGAGAGUUUUCUAGCCAGAUAAGGAAAUACAUCCAGUAUCCCAGUACAAUCCCUUUGUUGUGGGAGAUGGGAUAGUACCAAAUGGCCACAGAUACCACUGUGUCAGGCAUUCUGCUGGUUGAAGCAGGUUAAAUGUAAUCUAUUGGACUCUCUUGUCAAUUUUCAGUGCCUAACCCUUGCUCUGACAGAGGGGGCUCUUCAUCACCCUUUAAAAGAACAUCUUGUUCCUUUAGUCUGCUUUUAGUCACCAUAAACUGAGGAUCCUUCACCUCAAUUUUUCAGUUACCUCUCGUCACUGAUCUACCACUGUAUUUCAACAUCCAACCUAAGGACAGUUUUUGUACUUUAAUAAACAACAUGACUCGUGAAAGGA